CAGCCAAUCAGCGGAGCAGGGCGGAUGACAUCAUGGGCUAGGGAACAGUGAGCAGCCAGUGAAGCAUCCAGCCUGCCGAACGAGCUUGUUUUUAGGGUCAGGAACUGGUCUGACGAGAGAAUGGCAGUCCUGCCUUUAAACCGUCACUAGGACUCGUUCGGCUGACGAUGAAUCUGUCGGGACUCCGGGCCCAAAGGCGAAGCACCGAGCAGGAGAAUGUGAAGACAUAUUUCAGGACAUUGUAAGUGCUACUAAACAUGUCUGAUAGUGUCGAAAUUGAAGAGAAACCGCCAGCCCCCCCCUUGAGAAUGAACAGUAGUUCCCGAGACUCUUCGUCAGUGAAUCACGCAACCAAACCACUUCCAAUGGCUCCUGAAGAGAAGAACAAGAAAGCUCGCCUGCGCUCCAUCUUCCCUGGAGGAGAUAAAACAAACAAAAAGAAGGAGAAGGAACGUCCAGAGAUAUCUCUACCCUCAGACUUUGAACACACCAUCCAUGUUGGCUUUGAUGCUAUAACGGGAGAGUUCACGGGAAUCCCGGAGCAAUGGGCACGGCUCCUGCAGACCUCGAACAUCACUAAGCUGGAGCAGAAGAAGAACCCGCAGGCCGUGUUGGACGUGCUGAAGUUCUACGACUCCAAAGAGACCGUCAACAAUCAGAAAUACAUGAGCUUCACCUCAGGAGACAAGACAGCACAUGGAUACAUAGCAGCAAACUCUCUGAACCGACUGCUGUCUUCUGGGCCUCCUGUCAGCCUUAGAACCUGCAGCGCAUUAUUUGACAAGGGUGCCAAAACAUCAACAACAGAUCCCCCAAUCGCUCCGCCCGUGUCCGAGGAGGAGGAUGAGGAGGAGGAGGAAGAGGAGGAGGAGGAGGAGGAAGAAGAGGAUGAUGACGAUGAGCUGCCCCCAGUCAUCGCCCCUCGACCGGAGCACACCAAAUCAAUCUACACACGCUCCGUCAUGGAGCCUCCAAAGCCUCCGUCACCGGUCAAGGAAGUGGUGACUCCGCCAGAGUCGCAGGUCCAACCAGAGAAUACCUCUAAUACAAUGUACCGCCACACGGACCGGCAGAGGAAAAAGUCCAAAAUGACAGAUGAGGAGAUUUUGGAGAGACUCAACUCAGGGAGUAUCGUGAGCGUGGGGGAUCCCAAAAAGAAGUACACACGCUUCGAGAAAAUAGGACAAGGAGCAUCUGGCACCGUCUACACUGCUAUUGACAUAGCCACUGGUCAGGAGGUGGCCAUCAAACAGAUGAACCUGCAGCAGCAGCCCAAGAAAGAGCUGAUCAUCAAUGAGAUCUUAGUGAUGAGGGAAAACAAGAACUCUAACAUAGUCAACUACCUGGACAGCUACUUGGUGGGAGACGAGCUGUGGGUGGUGAUGGAGUAUUUGGCUGGAGGCUCGUUGACAGAUGUAGUGACUGAGACGUGCAUGGACGAGGGCCAGAUCGCUGCGGUCUGCAGAGAGUGUCUUCAAGCCUUGGACUUCCUACACUCCAACCAAGUUAUCCAUAGAGAUAUAAAAAGUGACAACAUCCUCCUGGGAAUGGAUGGAUCUGUCAAGCUCACGGACUUUGGCUUCUGUGCCCAGAUCACCCCAGAGCAGAACAAGCGCAGCACCAUGGUGGGAACGCCAUACUGGAUGGCACCAGAGGUGGUGACUCGGAAGGCUUACGGCCCCAAAGUGGAUAUUUGGUCUCUGGGAAUCAUGGCGAUAGAGAUGGUGGAGGGAGAGCCACCUUAUCUGAACGAGAAUCCACUCAGGGCGCUUUACCUAAUAGCAACCAAUGGAACUCCAGAGCUGCAGAACCCUGAAAGACUUUCAUCCGUCUUCAGGGACUUCCUCAACCGCUGUCUUGAGAUGGACGUGGACCGCAGAGGCUCUGCAAAAGAGCUGCUCCAGCAUUCCUUCCUGAAGCUGGCGAAGCCUCUCUCCAGCCUGACGCCUCUGAUUGUAGCUGCGAAGGAAGCCAUAAAGAACAGCAGCCGUUGAGGAAGGGCUCGCUGUCCGCGCCCGAGGCCGGAGCCCUGCCUGUGAUGAGCUGCCUCAGGCCGUCAGGGGUUUGUGGGUGUUGUGACAGCAGAAGGUGGGGGUUCAUGUGACUUACAGUGACAGCACAAGGACAAGCACCCCCCCCACCCCCCCACCCCUCUCCAGGCCUCACAUGUAGGAUGGCCUUGCAGCCUCUGGGCCACGCUGCUGAAAAAGACCUUGCCUCCUUGUUUACUUCUCCAGCACUGCACAUGUAGAGCAGUCUAUCACAAGUAUGCGUGCGUGCGUGUGUGUGUGUGUGUGUAAACAAACUGUGCACAUUCAUUUGCGCCAUGUCUUGUUUAGGAUUCAGUUGCUUCCUAAACUGGAAAAAAAGAAAAGAAACUGAAGAGGAAAGGUGCUUUUAUUCUGCAGAGAAACAGAGAUUUCUGUCCCCAUCCGGCUGCAGACUCCAGCUACUUUCUUCUUCUCCCCUUGUGGAGCAUGAUUCGGCCACACCUGCAACCACGGAAACCAGCGGACGUGGAGGAGCAACUCCGAAACCCGACGUCAGCGCGCAUGACCACGGUUCGGCGGAAUAACCUCGCUGAUCCUCCACAGAUCUCAACACGCUGCAUUUUGUCAUGUUCAAUGUGUGUGAGUGUAGAGGUGCAGCUACCGGGGAAAAUCAGGAAUGAACUCACUCGAUCCAUGCCAGCUUUAAACGCCCUCCAAUAUCCAAUAUUUAUUAUGUUUCAUUUGAGCCAUGUUUUUCUAAGUCAGUGCACAUCAUGGUGUUUUGCUGCUGUUUCCAUUAUUUCAAGUAAGAUUCUCAAAUAUUCAGUGUUUUGAACAUUGAGUUUUGAGGUUAAAGUUGAAGGAAGUUUAUGGGUUCUGUUAAAUAAUGUGACAGGAAAUCCUGUGGUGGGGCUCAACCCACCCAUAAUAAUUUAAAUAAAAUAUAAGCUGCCUUUCCUUCAAAGUGUUUGGAUUAGAUCUGCUGAUCCACCUUCCCUCCUUCCUAUUUAAGAUGCUGCUCAUUCUAAUUUUGUUUGUGUCUUAUAACGCUGACGUAAGGAUUUUAGAGGAGAAAAUGUCCCGAUUGUGCCCUGGAGGUUUACAUUCCUGUCAAACCUGGUUUGAACUCAUUCCUGCGCAGCCACAGAUGCGAUCUUGUGUUUCUUUACACAGCUUCCCUGUGUGUGUGUGUGUGUGUUCGGGGGGAGUUACCUCAUGUUUUCCACCUUUAUGUCUGAGGUGCUUUGUCUCACUGAACUUCUGUACGGAUAGACAGUGAAGGAGUGGUUGAACAAGCAGGAGGAGCAACAGAUUUCAUGCAUGUAAAACUAAAUAUACACUAAUCUUUCCAACAGGUUGCAGCAGUUAGGAUGUGUAUGUAUGUAAAUAGGACAGGAAACCCUUCUUUUUUCACAAAUAUGUAACUUAAAUGACAAUAUUCAGGUUGCUGUAUCUAUAAAGGUUUUGCACCUUGGAAAUUGGGAAAGGGGGUGAGAAAAACAGACCCUGCCCUCCUGGAUUCAGCCUCUCCUGUUUGGAUUUGACGAGAUGCUCCUUCAUCUGAACUGACCUGAGAGCAGCUGGAUGCAGCUCUCUGUGUGCAGGCCCACACAGUUCAGUCUAGUCUGUUGUCCUGAAUGUGUGUGUGUGCGUGUGUGCACGGCCUGUGGAGAAGCUUCGCUGGCCCUGGGACAUUUGGCCUCUGACCUUUUACAGGACUGAACUAUGAGCACAAAGGUGAUUCUCAGGAUGAGAGACACCGUGGACGUGCACCCCCCGUCCUGUUUAUUUCUGUGGUUGCUCCUGUACAUUCCUUUCUUCUGAAUGUGUAAACCUGUACACGUGGUGUGGAAAUUCCUCUAUUAAUGUGUAUCAAGAGAAUGGAACAAAGACAAAAAAAAUUUGCUUUUUAAAUUAUUAUCUUUAUUACUCUUAUUGUCUAGCUUUGUAAAACUGCUGAUCCAUCUGGCAUACCUCAGCAGGUCUCUCCCCCGCCUUUGGAAAAGGACAAACGCGUCUCGGGGUGGGGGGAAAACGAAGUUUUGGAUAAACUAUUUUUAACUGUGGUUGAAGCAAUAGACUUUUUGAACUUUGAGUCGUGCAUGGCUGUGUCUUGAGUGUAAAAAAAAAUAAUGUACUAAAUAUUGCAGUUUGGGAACUGGACUGAAAUAAAAGGAAAACGAGAAGAAA